AUGAUUGAAAGGGAAUGUGCUGAUUUCAUUCAGGGUCCCUCCUCCAUCAACAGGGAAUGGUUCAUCCCCCACAUACAAGUGAGUCUUUCGGAUGACGAAGGCGUGUCGUCAGGUGAUUCACUUGAUGCCGUUGAUCCCAAGUACAACGUCAUGGUUACAGGACUUGCAGAGAGAUCAGUUCCAUCACCACCUGGUGGGCAGAUACAUGUGCACAUGUCAUCACCCGAACCAACAGGCAUUGGUGCUGCACCCGCACUGCAAACAGGACAUUCACAAGCAGCACAACCAGAGGCAGCAUAA